UAAGCCUGUCUUCUGACUUCUGAGCAGAUAUCCAAACCAGAGAGCAAAGGGAGAUGAAGCAUCCGGUGGCGGAUGCGAACGAGGAGAGCCCGUUUGGCUCCCUGAGUGCCGACGAGUUCUAUUCCCGCCAUUCUGUGUCCCACGGUUCCGAGUUCAUCACCAAUUCCCGCGGCCUCAAGCUCUUCACUCAGUGGUGGACCCCGCUACCUCCCACCAAGCUCAUAGGUGCAGUCUGCGCCGUCCACGGCUUCACCGGCGAGUCCAGCUGGUUCGUGCAGCUCACCGCUGUUCACAUAGCCAAGCAUGGAUUCGCCGUUUGCGCCAUCGAUCACCAGGGCCACGGCUUCUCCGACGGCCUCGUGGCUCACAUACCGGACAUCAAUCCUGUCGUCGACGACUGUAUCUCUUUCUUCGACUCCUUCCUCGACAGCCACGUGCCGUCUUACCUGCCGACUUUCCUCUACGCCGAGUCUCUCGGCGGUGCAAUUGCUCUCCUAAUCACUCUCCGUAGCGGUGACUCCGCCCCAAAACGGUCUUUCGAUGGCGUCGUUCUGAACGGAGCAAUGUGUGGCAUCAGCGAUAAGGUCAAGCCGCCAUGGCCGUUAGAGCAUUUGCUUGACAUUGCCGCCUUCCUUGUCCCCACCUGGCAAGUGGUUCCCACGCGCGGUUCUUUGCUUGGCGUCUCUUUCAAGGAGGAAUGGAAGAGGAAGCUAGCGAUAGCAAGCCCGAGGAGGCCUGUAGCGAAGCCACGAGCUGCGACUGCGCGUGAAUUGUUGAGGGUGUGCAGAGAAUUGCAGGGAAAGUUUGAGGAAGUGAAAGUGCCGUUUCUGAUUAUCCACGGCGGUGACGACGUCGUCUGCGAUCCGGCCUGCGCGGAGGAGCUGUACAGACGCGCGGCGAGCAAGGAUAAGACUCUGAACAUUUAUCCGGGCAUGUGGCACCAACUGGUGGGUGAGCCGGAGGAGGAUGUCGAUCGCGUAUUCGGUGACGUCGUGGUGUGGCUCACAACUAGAGCUGAACGCGCAACCAACCAAAAGUCUGCAGAAGACGGCGGAGCGGUGCCGGAGUAGAUGGGCAAUAUUCGGUACGUGGCCGGGAAUGGAACCGUGCGAUUUAAAUGCGAAUUUCUUAUUACCCCUUGAAGCCUAUAUACCCCUUGAAACCUAUAUACUAGCAUUCCUAAUUGGACGUUGAGUUGUUAUUUGACCUCAUUUGAGACUUUUAUUAUAA